AUAUUGACCACCCUAUCCCUGGGCUCGACUUUCCGGCGCAGAGUGACCGCGGCUGUGCCACCAAAGGACGCUUGCGAUGGGUCUGUUCUCAGAGCUGAGGCUGGCUUUACCCUGGGGCCACAUCGCUGCCAAAGCCUGGGGCUCCCAGCACGGCUCCCCUGUUCUCUGCCUGCACGGCUGGCUGGACAAUGCCAACUCCUUCGACAGACUCAUUCCUCUUCUCCCAAAAGGCUUUUAUUACGUUGCCAUGGAUUUCGGGGGUCACGGGCUCUCGUCCCACUACAGCCCAGGUCUCCCGUAUUACCAUCUAAACUUUGUGAGUGAGAUCCGAAGAGUUGUAGCAGCCUUGAAAUGGAAUCGUUUGUCCCUCAUGUGCCACAGUUUUGGUGGCAGCGUAGGUGGAAUGUUUUCCUGUAUCUUCCCUGAGAUGGUAGAUAAACUCAUCUUGCUGGACUCAGUCCCUUUCUUCCUGGACUGUAAUGAAAUAGAGAACUUUCUGAUCUACAAGCGGAACCUGAUAGAGCACACGCUGCAGAUGGAGAGAUUACCCAAAAAGCCCUCAAGCGUUAUCAGCCGGGAGGAGAUGCUACACAGGUUCCUGCAGAAUAACAGCCAAAUGAAGGAGUGUGGGGAGCUCCUGCUGCAGAGAGGAACCACACAGGUGGCCACAGGUCUGACGCUCAACAGAGAUCGGAGGAUCACGUUGCUGGAAUAUGCCUUCGAUUUCAUCAGCAGGGAGCAGUUUGAGCACUACAUCACGAAGCUACAAGCGCACACCCUGCUCAUCAAAGCAAACCAGGGAUAUGAUGGUGUGAGGAGACAGAAUGCCGCUAACAAGGAGACCCUGGGUUUCAUGAUUGACAAGCUGAAAUCUGUUUUAAAAGAGAGGUUCCAGUUUGUGGAAGUCCCAGGCACUCACUACGUCCACAUGAGCCAUCCCCACCACGUGGCCAGUAUCAUCAGCUCCUUCUUACAGAGCAGGGACAGGAUCCCAGCCCAGCCGUAGCCCUGGGCUACUGAGAUGUCGCACUCACCACUCAGCACCCGGACGCCCAGCUCCCAAGCCCCCGGCCAGGCCAGGCCUCACGGUCUUGAGUAGCAUGGACGAGCAGAGGGGAGCUGUGGGGGUGAGGCUCCAACAGUUGUGACUUCACAGGGGAGACUUUGGCUACAGGAAGGGGCUGGGACAGGCCGCCCAGGCCUGCAUGCAGCCCCGCAGCUUUUGCAGCCUUUUCCUGCUGCUG